AGAAUGACAGCACUCACCUCCCUCAGAGGAGACUAUGGUGGAUGGGCAUACGGAAGGAUGAUGAAUUCUUCCAUUUUGUCAUUCUUUGCUUUGGCAUUGGAGCGUUACUAGUUUGUUAUUACUACUACAAAGAUUGGACUAUUUCUCUUGGAAUUGGUUUAAUCACCUUUGCUUCCCUGGAAACCACGGGAAUAUACUUCGGUCUAGUGUAUCGAAUUCGGAGCGUACUUGACAGUUUUGUUCCUCUGAUUGCGAAAUUCAAGCCAACAGGUAAUAGUGCUUUUCUUACUGACUACAGGUAUAUUCCUUAG